AUGGAAAAAUUUACGUAUCUCCGUACAUCGCUAACGGGAGAAGCCUUGCAGGAAAUUGCAACGAUAGAGAUGUCAGCAGUGAAUUAUAGAAUAGCGUGGGAAGCAUUGGAAACCAUGUACGAGAAUAAAAAGAUGCUUGUAAUGACGCACUUGGAUACACUAUUCGCCCAAGAAUCAAUGCGUCAAGAAUCUUUUGAAUCCCUCAAUCGAUUGGUCAGUGGUUUCGAGAAGAAUCUCCAAAUGUUAAGCAAGUUGGGAGAACGAACGGACGGAUGGAGCACUCUACUGCAAUAUAUGCUCUCUCAUAUGGCCAUAUUUUGCACACGAGGGUCAUGCCAUCAUUGUGGUCAGCGACUACUGCACGCGAGUCCAUCGACGCACACAAAUACGCAGCCGAAAUCUGGACAACAGUUGAACAAGAAACCUCAAUGGCAGCAAACGCAACCACCACAGAAUCUAGCGAAGUCUACACCAAACAAUCACUCAGCAGACACUCAAUUCACACAGAAGGCCCACACUAAUCCUAGUACAAGUUGCCACACUGCUUCCUCAGUUAAUAUUCACCACACUUCACACACCGUACUUCUUUCCACGGCGAUAGUAAGUCUCGGUGAUCAAUACGAGAAUUCUAUUCUCGCUCGCGCGUUGUUAGACUACGGUUCACAACGUUGUUAUAUUUCGGAAAACCUUUCCCAGAAACUUAAAUUCAAACGAAGUUGUGAACUGCUACCAAUAGUCGGAAUUGGUGGAGCACGAACCUCUUCUACUCAAGCUGUUUUUGCUGAAGUUAAAUCGCUCAAUACCCCGUUCAAAAGACAGCUGAAAUUUCACGUCCUUUCAAGGGUAACUGUAGAUUUGCCAGUGAGGAGUAUUGCGAUAAACUCGUGGCAGAUUCCAGCGAACAUCGUCCUUGCCGAUCCAACGUUCAACGAAUCAGGAGCAGUAGAUCUAAUUAUCGGAGCUGAAUUGUAUUUAGAGCUGAUGAUACCCGAAUACCAAGCAAAAUUGGACGAGUUUGGUCCAAUAUUGCAGAACACUCAGUUGGGAUGGAUCAUAGCAGGUGUCGUUCCUGAAGUUUCAAUUUGCAAUAACGCCGUCACGUCAGAAUCUUGGGAAGUACUUGAGAGUCAACUAGCACGGUUUUUCGAGCUCGAGUCGUGUCGAACUUCGAGCACUUUGUCGUUGGAGGAAUCCGCAUGUGAAGCAUUUUUCGAAAAUACAACCGAGAGAGAUUCAACGGGUAAAUUUGUAGUGCAGCUCCCAAAGAAGAAACUCAUGCUUGAUCGUCUAGGAGAUUCAAAAUCGACGGCACUUCGUCGUUUCACUGCGCUAGAGCGACGUUUAGGUGCUGAUCCAGUUGUAAAGGAGACGUACACUAACUUCAUUCAUGAGUAUCUGCGGUUGCAACAUAUGCGAGAAGUUCCGGUAGACCAAGAGGAAAACACACCUGGAACGCCGUAUUAUUUGCCGCAUCACGCUGUAAUUAAGCCGGAAAGUACCACAACAAAAUUACGUGUGGUCUUUGACGCGUCUUGUGCCACGACAAGUGGGAUUUCGCUCAACGACGCGUUGAUGAUAGGCCCAAUUGUGCAACGGGACCUAUAUUCAAUUAUGCUUUCCUUUCGAUUGCGAAGAUUCGCGAUAACAGCUGACAUCGAGAAAAUGUAUCGCAUGGUCAAGAUGCAUGCUAACGACCAUCACCUUCAGCGCAUUGUGUGGAGAGAUAACCCUUCGGAACGAAUUCGAACGUACGAGUUGUUAACGGUUACUUACGGGACCUCCCCUGCCCCGUACUUGGCAACUCGCUGUCUAAAACGUGUGGCAGAAGACUCUAAAUUAAGAUAUCCUGCUGCAGCAAAGACAAUUGUCGAUAAUUUCUAUGUUGAUGACCUUUUGAAAAGUGUCGAUAGUAUCGGAGAAGGUCAAAGAAUUUGUGCAGAAUUAAUACAAUUGCUAGGUUCUGCUGGGUUCACUUUACGAAAAUGGAGUUCAAACUCACAUAUAAUAAUCGACCAUAUUCCUCAACCCUUAAGAGACGAACGGCGGUCAGCGGAGAUCGACUCAUUAGAAGUUAAAGCCCUAGGAUUGAAGUGGAUGCCACUAUCGGAUAUGUUUAAGUUUUCUGUUCCUGUGUGGAGUUCAUCUACAGAGAUCAACAAGAGAAUAAUUCUAUCCGAUUGUGCAAAGCUCUUCGACCCGCUCGGAUUAGUUGGACCUGUUAUUGUUCGAGCUAAAAUAUUUCUGCAGGAUCUUUGGAAAUCAAAGUUUUCCUGGAACGAAACUAUUACUGGCGAGCUUCGAUCAUGGUGGCUAGAAUUUCGAGAAACGUUAUCCGGGCUUACUCAUAUUAAUGUUCCCAGGUGGAUUGGCUUCAGUACGGAAACCGUUUCCGCAGAAAUUCACGGGUUUUGCGAAGCGUCUGAAAAGGCAUACGGCGCAUGUCUCUAUCUACGGUGUACCUCGGUAGAUGGAAAUGUAGAGGUCUCACUAAUUACCUCGAAAUCCCGAGUCGCUCCAAUCGAUGAUGCUGCGAAGAAACGAAAAAGGAUUUCUAUUCCACGGCUGGAAUUAACUUCCGCUCUUGUUUGUAGUCACCUAUUUGAAAAGGUCAUCCAAGCAAUAAACCUUCCCAUCCAAUCGUAUUUUUGGACUGACUCGAUGAUUACAAAAUGUUGGCUGUCGUCACCUCCAUCUCGUUGGAACAUAUUUGUUGCCAAUCGAGUAUCAGAAAUCCAACACAUAACGCGGAGUGGUGUUUGGAAUCACAUUUCCGGCGCAGAAAAUCCUGCAGAUGUACUGUCGCGCGGAAUGACACCAGAUCAGCUAGUAUCACAUCAGAUUUGGUGGCAAGGACCGUCUUGGUUACGUUUAGAGAAAGAAUAUUGGCCAAGAACAGUCAAAAUUCAUGUGGAUGGUUUGGACCCCACCAUUCUGGAGGAGAAAACAACCGUAUCAAUGGCAGUCCAAAUCAUGCCACCCAGUUCCAUUUUCACAUUGAGGUCCUCGCUAACAGAUCUGGUACGAAUCGUAGCUUUACUGCUAAGAUUUAAAUUCAAUUGUACACACCGUCAUAGUCGCAAAUUUGGCUUUGUGACUUACCAAGAGAAGGAAGAUGCGCGUCAUCAGCUAAUCAGCUUAGCACAACGGGAAUCUUUCGAAGAAGAUAUAGAGGAAAUUAAGCGAAACGGGGAAGUUAAGUCAUCGUCAAGAAUUAAAUCGCUAACACCUCGCGUAAUAGACGGUUUACUUCUGGUUGGUGGCCGUCUUCGGAAUGCUCAAAUAUCCGUAGGACGGAUGCACCCUAUCAUAUUAUCUAGCUCCCAUCCAUUAACUGCGCUCAUAGUGACACACUACCAUCGAAACCUUUUGCAUGCUGGACCUCAACUCGUACUGUCAAGCCUACGAGAACGAUAUUGGCCUCUUUCAGCUCGCAACUUGGUGCGUAAAAUUAUACACAAGUGUAUACAAUGCUAUCGAACGAAACCGAAACCUCACGAGCAGCUGAUGGGUGAUUUGCCUGUCGAGCGCGUUACCCCCGCUCCGCCAUUCCAGAGGGUAGGCGUCGACUACUGCGGACCGUUUCAUAUCCAGUACCCUCACCGGAAGGGACUCCCGAUUAAAUGCUUUAUCGCGGUAUUUGUAUGCCUCGUAGUAAAGGCCAUUAAUUUGGAAGUCGUCGCAGAUUUAACCACUCAAGCAUUUAUCGCUGCAUUAAAGAGAUUUGUUUCCCGUCGGGGUCUUCCCGAAAUCAUAAUGUGUGACAAUGCUACCAAUUUCGUUGGUGCACGUCGUGAAUUAGACGAGUUAAGGAAGCAAUAA